UGCUGAAUCAACCACGAUCUCGAAAAUUGUCCUGUACUUCGGUCCAUGUUCAUCCCAAGGGGUGUGAAGCGAAAGCAUUCCAACGCGAUUUACUCUCCAGACGCAAUUAAGCACGCUAAGCCUAUUUCUUUCGCUGAACCACCUAAUUCCUCUCCUGGAGACAUUGCAAGCAACCAACUAGACAAGGCAGUAGCAGAUAACGAGGACCAGCAGAAGGAAAUUAAAGACGAGCAUUCAAGUCAAAAAAUAGAAGUCGAUUCUUUAGAGCACGGAAUUGCGGUGCCUUUAAUACCAAGCGAUCCUACAAUUGAUGACGACGAACAAAGCGAUGAUGAAGAUCAGGAACCCAUUAAACAAGCCAGCAUAGAACAACGAUUUCCUUUGGAUGGCGAACCUUUGUGCAUAAUUUGCGGCAGAUAUGGCGAAUAUAUUAACGACACUACUGAACGUGAUGUUUGCAGUAUGGAAUGCAAGAUAAAAGACAUCGCUAAUUACGCUCGGAACCCCACAAAUGACCCCAUUUGCCAAGGCAUUGCAUAUCCGCAAUAUUCAAUCGCUACCAAUGUGCACGCCAAACUUACAGCAUACCAUGACUCACCAGAGGUUUCUAUGCUGCACCCGAAAGCUAUUGAGGCUAUGAGAUCUGCUCAUGAUAUAACAGUGGAAGGUCAAAACGUUCCUCGGCCUAUAACCACAUUUGAGAGUUGUCAACUGGAUGCGACCUUAUUAAAAAACAUCAGGGCAGCAGGAUUUACAAAACCUACAUCUGUUCAGAUGCAAGCUCUACCUGUUGCAUUAGCGGGAAGAGAUAUGUUUGUGUCAGCUCCGACAUCCAGCGGCAAAACAGUGUCGUAUUUAGUGCCAAUGAUUACACACUGUCUAUCAUUAGCGAAAAUGUACGGGACCGGGCAGAAUUCCCAUCCACUUGGGUUGAUUGUUGCACCUACAAGAGAACUAUGCGCACAAAUCGAAAGUGUAGCGAAGCAACUUGCAGCGGGGUUGCCUCAUAUGAAAACGGCUCUUCUCAUCGGUGGUAAUCCCAUCCCCAAUCAAGUGUAUCGCUUGAAGCAAGGAGUUCAAAUUCUAGUCGCUACACCUGGACGCAUGAUAGAGUUGUUAAACCAUCAUAAAUCGGUACUGAAGCUUGAAAACAUCAAAAUGAUGAUAAUGGACGAGGUCGACAUCAUGUUCAAGAUGGGUUUCAAUGAGCAAAUUGCUCGAAUUUUGAAUUCACUGGUAGAUCCUGGUAUCCGACAAACAUGUUUCUACUCUGCUACUUGGGAGUCUGAAGAAGUGAUGCGAAGAGCCUGUCGAAAGCACCUCCGUAAUUCGAUCACUGUGCAUGUUGGUAGGACGAAAGCUCAACCGAACAAGCAUGUCAAGCAGACCAUCAUGUGGGUAGAAGAUCAAUCCAAAUCCAAACAGCUUAUGUCCAUUUUGCGCGAUCCGAAAUAUUAUGAACCGCCGAUCCUGAUAUUUGUCGACAGCAAGCUUGCCACUGAAUUGCUUGCACAAGCUAUCCGAACCAAGUGUGGAUUCAAUGUACUGGCUAUGCAUGGUGACCUUUCUCAACCAGAGCGUGACGAGGUUUUGCAGCAAGUUCGGCAAUCCACAUGUGAUAUCGUCGUUUCUACUGGAAUUUUAGCUCGUGGAAUUGAUUUACUAAAUGUCAGAAUGGUGAUAAACUACGACAUGGCAAACACUGUAGACGAAUACAUACACCAGGUUGGACGUGCUAUGGUGACUGGUGCACACGGAACGAAGCAACAUACCCGUAAGCAAGGCUGGGCCAUUACAUUCAUCAACAACGAACAUAGAUAUUUAUUUCGUGGGUUAAUUCAAACAUUGAUGCAAGAAUACCAAGGCGAAGUGACUCCGCUCCCUCUCCAACUGAAAGCCAUAAUGUGACUGUCGCCAAAACGCGAUAUCUUUCGCUGUAAAGCACGUCGAUCGAAUCCUUUCUGUAACAUAAACCAAUCGCUUAUAAUUCCGUUCCUGUAAAUAAUGCCACCUCGAGGAAUUUCUGCUGAUGAGAAACGACGACGAUUGGAGAGUCUGUUUCAUGAAACA